AUGGGUAAGAAAACCAUAUCAUUAUCAUUGUUUACUUGCUGUGUUGACCGAAAAGAUACGCUCAGACUACCAGUUGGCUCCAAGUUUGGUGGGGGAGGUGUCGCAGGUGCAUCCGAGACAAAUGUUGACAGGCGUGAAAGAUUGAGAAAACUUGCCCUUGAGACAAUUGAUCUCGCGAAGGAUCCAUAUAUCCUGCGCAAUCAUCUCGGUUCACUUGAAUGUCGUCUCUGCCUUACGUUGCACACAAAUGAAGGCUCGUAUCUUGCACAUACUCAAGGGAAGAAGCACCAGACAAAUCUUGCGCGCCGAGCUGCCCGUGAUCUCAAGGAGACACAAUUGAUGAUUGCUCCUGCACAGAGCAAUGUCCAGCGAAAAGUCUUUUUGAAGAUAGGAAGACCCGGGUACCGUGUCACAAAAGUACGGGAUAGGGACACUGGGAAGGAGGGCAUGAUGGUGCAGGUGCAUCUACCCCAGAUCAAAGCGGAUGUCAUACCGCGAAGACGAUUCAUGAGUGCUUGGGAGCAGAAGAGAGAACCUCCAAACAAGGCUUACCAAUAUCUCAUUGUUGCUGCCGAGCCGUAUGAGACUAUCGCGUUCCGCAUUCCUGCUCGCGAAAUUGAGGAUGAGUCAGAUGAUGCUGGUUACUGGAACUGGUCCCACUGGGACCCUGACACUAAGCAGUACAGUUUUCAGUUCAUGUUCCGUCUUCUUUACUGA